CGAUCCGUUUCACCUCCAGAACCCGCCGGCUGCCGCCAUGCCCACUCCCGUGGGAAGGUUCAACCAGAGAGGUAGAGGGAGAGCGCCAUGGGAACGAGGGAGGUAUACGAAGAGAAGCUUCGAUCAGGAAACCUUUACCAUCAACCGACCAUUAAUCCUGGCCUCGGUUCCGCACGGUGCCCGCGUUGCUUCUCUCUUGUGAAUCCUGAAUCGGAAGCAGGGGACUGGACUAUAACGACUGUUUUGCAUGAUGCAACUGCAGUGUGGAAGACAACAAAGAUUUGGAUGACCAAUGCAGUCUAUGGUGGUUUACAUAGCCUUCCGUCUUUACCAUAUGGCCUUGCUGGGUCGAGUGCUGGAGGAAUGCUUAGUGCCAUUCAUGGUCUCAAUCAAGGGAUGCCUUAUAUUCGCAAUCGAGUGAAGGGACCUAUAUGGUUACAUCUAGUUCUGGGGCUUCCCCCAAUUUUGGUGUAUUCUGCUGCAGGUGCUGUGCUUGGAGGAUAUGUGCUUCCUAGAUUUGCACAAUGUAGUGUGACAUCGUACUACGCUGCAUCAAGUGCAUCUCAUUAUACUAUAUCUCAGUUAACACGACGUGUUGAAGGAGUAGGAUCUGGUACACAGCACGAAAAGCCAACAUGAAUGCUUGCAUAUUCUUUGCCACAAAUGGACCUAAAGGACGUUAUGAUCAUGCUUGUGAACUUUUGCCCAAUCCUUUGGAAGUUCCAAUCCGGUUUAAGAGGAGGGGUGGAAGAAUAAAAUGAGGAAACCUUUUAGGUACAAAAAUAGAUAUCAAGACCCUGAUACCAUUACUGGAGAAGAUUAUGUAUGGGCAUUGGGCGACCUUUUUCAAAUAAUAGUUUCCUACUUAUGUGGAAGGAGAAAUCCAAAAUUUUUUUGAACAAGCUAUACUAAUAGUUGAGUACUUUGUUACUGCUCUUAAGGAGCAAUACCAGUACCAUACUGGUAUGGGUACCGGCUGGGCACCAGGCUGGGCUGCCGGCGGGUACCCGAUGCCUGGCCCAACUUGGGCCUGGGCCCAAAAAAAAGGGCACCGGGCUGCUCGGGCUUGGGUUUGAAUGGUCGGCCCGGGCCCAGGCCCAGGUUUCGGGUGUCGGGCUGGCUGGCCGGACGCCCAGGCUUACUUGGAUGCUGCUUGGGUAUGUGUUUGAUCAUAUCAGGUAUGGUCAACGUACCCGGGUACGUAUCUGGCAUUUUUUGGACUCGGUCAAAGUUGAUCGAUUCCAAAACUGUCUUUAAAUUAGGGCUUUUGUUUUUUUUUUUCUCAACUUUUAAACAACACGGGACCUUCGACUUUUGUCAAGCGUUAUGUGUAUUACCCACAACAACAGUGUAUGUGGAGUUCUUCGGCGACGUUGGCUGCUCCGUCCACUGGUUUUCGGCAGUUUCCAGUGAGAGUCAAUGUCUCCAACGAAGGGCGACACAGCUGUUGUUGUUCAGCGACUUCUCCAUCGACUGAUUUGGGCAUUUUUUGUUGAAGCUUCACAUUCAAGCUUUUUUUUUUUUUCGGUAGUCUCCUAUUGUCCAGUAGUCUAUCCAUUUACUUCCAGCGGCAGGAUUAGAAUUGUUUGCCCUUCUUCUAUGACGUGCAUCAACUAUUCUUCUUUUUCUUCUUCGAAAAUCAUAUUGUCUGCCCUUUCUCUUUUACAUUUAUAUGCAACUAUAUUUUUUUUUUUCAAAUAACCAUGCAUCCGUGCAUGCUCCUGUGUUAUUUCUAUAACUGACCCAUUGCAUUUCAGCAUUUAGCACUUAGAUUCUAGUUCCACAAUGCUGAGUCGUUGUUCGUUUUUGACUGUCUAAGGGGCUGCUCAGUUGUUUGGUAGAUGAUUUUCCUCAUUCCAUUGCAACUUUGCAAUAUAUGCAGAUGACUUUGAGAUUGAUGUAUUUUGUCCAUAUGUUUAAAGUUUUUCAUAGGUUUCUUAAACACACUCUGCAAGAGCUAUUGGUAUAUAUUUUCUGUUGUUGUUUACUUGUUUAUGUUGAUAUAUGUUUUCUAUGUUGCUUACUUGUUUAUGUUGAUGUAUAUGUUCUAUGUUGUUUACUUGUCAUAAAUAUUUUUAUGUUGUUUACUUGUUUAUCAUUUCUUAGUAAGUUUUCUUUGUUAUAUAUAUAUAUACACACACACACACACACACACACACACACACACAUACAGUCAUAAAAUGGUUCGUACCCAUACAUGCACCGGUACCCGUAUCGGCACCCGUACCUGUACCUAUGUGACAUAGUUGAGUACGAACAUAGGUUUACAAGCAUGCCAAACUUUUGAAGUGGGAUGACCUUGGUGAAUCUGAAAAGUGCAAAAGGUCCGGACAAAGAUUGAUUUUAGAAAUUAAAGGGGAGGUGACACUAGGGGUUAUAGAGUGUUCUCUCGAUUAGUAAAAUUUGCAUUUUAGCUGAAGCAGUUGUACAAGAGGAAUGAGAGAGCUUGCUCAACAAAUAAGUGAUUUGGGGGUAUGAAAAGCCAUAAGCUUAGUGAACCACGAUUAGCAAUUGGGCCAUAUCAGCGUCAACAAGUAACUAUUAUGGGGUUUCUACUUCAGAAAUAGGUAGGCAAAGGACAGUAUCCUACAGUUAGAAGCUUUGGGGGAAAAAAAUCAAGUGGAAGGAUGUUAGGGUCAAUUAAAUCAUGUGAAUUGAGUGGAUGAUGACAUAUGAGUGAGUAUAAAUGGUUUUCAAGGAUGUCAUGAAUGUGAUGAGAUGGGAACGUUGGAAUACCUGCUUCUGAGGGCAGUCUCACAGUAGAUGCUUGUCCUUCAAAAAUUGUCUCUCUUCUCAAGAACUAUUAGACUUAGCUCAUUAGAGAAACUUUAAGUGGGCAGCAAAGUGGGACUUAAGGUUGAGGUCAUGUCAUGUAGAACAUUUAAACCAGAUAUAUUUGUCCCACGUGUACGCAUUCAUGACAUCUUUGGAAACCAUUUUUGCUAUCACUCAAGUUGGUCACAUGAUUUAAAUGUUUUUCACCUUGAGGGGGCUCAUGUUGAUCAUUUUCUUGAAAUGUCCUAGUUUCAUACCUUCUACUUGUUUGAUAUUGAGUCCUCGUUUGUCUGUUGUUAGGCUACAAUCUCACAUAGUAGGCUGUUUUUUUUUUCUCCCAAUGCUCAUAUAGCCAAAUUGCUGAUAAAUUUGUAUUGGCCCCACAUGAGUGGUCUUUCUCUAUAGACCAAGCUCUCUCAUUCCUCUCAUACAACAAUUUUAGCUUUAGCAUGUAGCUUCUACUAAGAGAUCAGAAAACAUUGGAUGAGUUUCUAGUAGAUCAUGGCUUGCUCUGAUACCAAGAGAGUAUUU